GGGGUGGCACUGGAUGAGAUUUAAGGUCCCUCCCAACCCAAACCAUUCUGGGAUUCCUAGGCUGAUACCCUGAUCCCAUUUCAACCAAACACACAUUUACACUUUGGGGCUGAAAAGCCCAACAGCACAGAUGAAGAACCACAUAAAAUUGAUAGUUUGCUCCUUCUCAAGCUAAAAUUACAAAUUCCAGCUCACAAAUUCCUCUGUGGCACAGGCAGCACAUCAGAGCCAGCCCCACACACUGACCUGGCAGCAAAACCACUGCCCUGGGCAAUGCCCACGAGGAUCACCCACAGCAACACAGCCUCUGCCAUCUUCCAGUAAGAACAUAAACCCCAAAUCCUGAAACUGUUAUUCUUUGAGUCAAAACGGGGUCAAACAGCAAAGAAUUAUUGAGCUCUUGUUGCUGUGCUACACUUUGCACUCUCCUGUGUGUGCUGCAACAGCAAAACAUCACCUUAUGCUUUACAAGGAUGGAACAGGGUGGGAGAGCAGCCCAGAGCAAUCAUUUUCCAAGGUUUCUUGUGCCUCCCUAGAUUUCAGCUCUGCAGCUAUAGGACAGGGAUGGUUUGGGGGGCAGGGGCAGGUUUUGGAGUACCAAACACAGGCAGUGCUCAGCAGGACACAGUGGGCAGCUUCAAACCCAGUGGGUGGCCAGGUCGGAGCCCAACAUCUGUGCUUUCUACAGGCAGGAGGGAAAGGUCCUUCCAGCUUGCUGAGCAAAACCCUCUCUGUUCCUUUGAAGCUUCCACUCCCCCAAGGCUGGCCAAUACAGCUCCUGAUGAGCCCUGAGGGCAGGAGAUGCACAAUCCCUGACCCGCUGGUGACCGCAGCGCUUCCAGCAGCACUUCCCCAGCUCAGGCCACGUGUGCUUCCCAGAACAGACUGUCUGACUCACGAGGGGAUGUGUGGCCCUCAAAAACCACCAGGGCACGUGACAGCUCCAGGCUGAGUUCAAUGGCUGAGAUACAGAUGAGCUUUCCGUCCUCUUCCUUUGCAGUUUGGAGGAAUUCUUCAAAGUUUUGGUCUCAUUUGCUUUCAAAAUAACAAUCACAAUGGAAGCAGCCUAAUCUUUCCUUCAGAGAAAAUUCAAACUACUGCUGUGAUAGAGUAGAGAAGGUUGGAGGAAAAGCAGACAGACUUUCAUUCAAAUUUGAAGCAUCAGAAUUGCUUUUCUCCACUUUUUUACCCCAACCGUCCAGUGAACACCCAGACCACAGAGCAGUGAAAAGGCCUGAAGUGCAUUUAGAGGCUGGUGGAGAUUCCAGUUCACAGACUGGGGCUGCUCCAGAGAGUGGCUGCAGCAAAACAGGCUGGAAAACACUCACAUUGUAGUUAAUGAGAGGGAAAUCUUCUGAUCAGGAAACUCACAUUUGUGUGACCACACACAAACACCAUUCAAAAACCUGGUCCUCUUCUCUUCAACCUCACCAGACUUUGGAAUUCUGACAAAAUAAUGGACAAACCAGCACAAUUCCAAUCUCCUACACUUCAGGCUGCCCCAGAGGUGACAAACCUCAGCCUGCUGAACUGAUGACAUUUUCCAAACCUCCACACAAUUCCUCCAGGUCUCUCCAAACAUCCUCUCUCCUGUCCUGGGAGGUCCCUGAGCUCAGCACUGAGGAAGCUGAGCCCAGCUCCAUGGAUUUGGCUCCAUGGACAGACAGUGGUGAGGAAUGGGAUGCCCUGGGCUGUGCAGGAAGGCAGGCUCCAUCACUGAGAGGUGCCUUCUGGCCCCAAAAUCUGUGAAUUCAGGAACUGACCCAACUCCCUGCAUAUGGCAUCUCAUUACUGGGGUGGCAAGGGGAGACAUUUGGCAGAGAGGAGGAAAUAAAAAAGGAAAAUACAACUGCAGAGUCAGCCAAAUUGCACAUUAAGCCUUUGAUAGCCAGGUUGUACAUCCAGAUGCGAGGAACCAGAGUGAAGAUUUCAGAUAAAUGUUAUUCUGAAGCCUCUGCCUCAGCUCCUGCAUUGCCAUUUUCAGCAGGAGCUGGAAUUCCAGUGGGAAUGGCUGCUCAGAUUGAAUCCUGCAAGUCCCUUUCCACUUUUUCCUCCUUUCUCUGAAUUUCUCUGUUCUCCCCUUUGAAAUACCAUCAGCUCUUCCUUGAAAGGCACACAGCAAAAGCAUCACCUUGUCUGAUUCGUGGCAACAGACUAGAGCACAAAUUAUGUUGCUGUCCUUCAUAACUCUUUAAAAAUACCACAAAACUCUGUGCAGCCUCCUUGCCAAGUCCCCUUUGUAAAGCCAACACUGUUACCUUGUGGAGCUGAGGAGAAAUUUGGAUAGGAAAUUUCUAGCCCCUGCAGAUGAUCUGUAGGUGUUUGUCAAACAGCAUUUGACUUGUUAUGGAGAAGUUUCAGGGCAGAGGGGAAUAACUGGGGCCCAGGAGCACUGAACUGCUUUGACAAACUUCCCACGUUGCAUUUUCAGGGAUGGCGGAUCUCAGCCCUGCCUAAAUCAGGAGAUGUGGGGCAGCACCUUGUUCUGGCACAGGCUCCCCAUAAGACACAUGGGAUUUUGGGGGCAGGAGCAGCCCCCCAGCCCUGUCACACACCCAGGGCAGGGACACGGCUGAACAUCCCUCCCCAGGGAUCUGGGCACUGCCAGCUGAGGAGGAGGCAGAUCUGCCACAGGGGCUGCCAGUGCCUGCACCCCGAGGGCACCAAGAUCUACCUAGGGGAAUGCCUUCCCUCAUUCUCCAGAGUUUUCAGUGGAGAAAUCAUGUUUUAACUCGGGCUGGGACUUUCCAGGAGCUGGAGACAUCAGUGUCUGCCCUUCACUCUGAGUUCAAGCACUUCCUCCUCUUUCAGUCCUCUGUCUUGUAGGACUUCUGCUGAAUGCACUGAGAGCUGCCUUCACAACACAUUUGACAGCAGCAGUUUUAAUUAGCAGUAAGAUGGAAUAACUACUAUUUUUUUUGGUGACAACUAACUGUAAGAAAUGUUCCAGCCUCCUUUUCCAAGGAGUUCACCAAUUCCAGCCUGUGUCUAAAAAAAAAAAAGCCCUGUCCAAAGAUCGCAGGAUUUCUCAAGGGGAAAAAAAAAAUAUAAGGCAGCCCGCAAAAAUUUAUGAGUGCCUGCAUUUCCUCUGCUUGAGACAUAACAAGUGAAGCACUGUCUAAGUGCAAAAUACACAAGAGAAAUGACUGCAGAGUAAGAUCUCCACGAGGAAAAUAAUUCCCGAGUGCAGCUUUGCAGCUCUGAAGAGGUUAAUACACUUCCUAACUCCAAUCAAAAAUGCAUAAAACAGCACAUAUUUUGCACCUUAGACACUGGAAUUUUAGUUUAUCAUAGUAAAGAGCAGGGAAAAGGUUAAUUCAGGCAACCCCUCCGAACCAGAAUUUUCAGUUCCCUUUCCACCUACUUGAAACCUCAAGACUAAUGCAAAGAGGUGAAAAAACCCCAAACCUAAACUCUACUGAGUGGGUCUGCAAGUGCAUUUUACUGGAUAGAGCUGCCUGUAGAUAAAUCAGCUGCAUAAAGAAGUGCCACUGCUGAAAAAAACAGAUAAAACACCAACACAACCCUAACAAAUAAAUAAUACAAGGGAAACUCCGUGCUGGGUUUGGUUGAGUGGCUGCUGGCCCAUACUCCAGAAACAGCAGAGCACCCCCAUUUCACCAUGGAAAUUGGAAUAUAGCUGCAGUGGAGGGGGGUCAGGCUGAGGGGAAGAAAAGCACCCUCAUUUCACCCUGGAGAAUGAAACAGAGCUGCAGUGGUGUGGGGUCAGCUGGGGAGCAGCAGAGCACCCCAUUUCACCCUGGAAAUUGGAAGAGAGCUGCAGUGGAGUGAAAUCAGACUGAGGGGAAGCAAAGCACCCCCAUUUCACCCUGGAAUUUGAGCUAUAGCUGCAGUGGUGUGGGGUCAGCUGGGGAGCAGCAGAGCACCCCAUUUCACCCUGGAAUUUGAGCUGCAGUGCAGAGGGGUCAGGCUGGGGGAAGCAGAGCACCCCAUUUCACCCUGGAAUUUGAGCUGCAGUGCAGUGGGGUCAGGCUGGGGAGCAGCAGAGCACCCCAUUUCAGUGUGGAAUUUGAGCUGCAGUGCAGAGGGGUCAGGCUGGGGGAAGCAGAGCACCCCAUUUCACCCUGGAAAUUGGAAGAGAGCUGCAGUGGAGUGAAAUCAGACUGAGGGGAAGCAAAGCACCCCCAUUUCACCCUGGAAUUUGAGCUGCAGUGCAGAGGGGUCAGCCGGGGAGCAGAGCCCAGCCCAGCUCGGCGCUACCGGCGCGGGCCGCGGGCCAGCGCGGUGCCUGUAAACAUCCCCAGCGCCUUUAUUGGCAAUUACUGCUGAAGGUCACACAUCAGCAGCGGGCCUAAAUUCCAGGAAAAAAAGCUCUUCUUAUGUAACUGCUGCCUGAAUGUUGGCAGGUGCCCAGCGGAACAGCUCACUGCAAUGUGGCUGGGAGGGGAAAAAGGAAUAUAAAAAAAACAAAAAGCAAAGUAGGCCAUCUCCCAGCGCAAUCGGCAUCCUGCGCGUGCCACCUGCAGGUCAGCCCCGACGGGCCCUGCCUGCCAGGCCAGCAAACACCCAUGGCUCCUCCAGCACAGGGCUGUUUCAGCAGCCAGGACUCGCACUUCAGGUGGAAACUGGGCCACGGUGUCCCCAAAGGGCAGCCCUGGCCGGGAGGAAGGACAGGAACCUUUCCCAGAGCUGGGCUGGAGCACAGGGAGCCCACGGUGCAGCUCAGCGUGCAACAGCAGCAAAUCUGCAUUUGCAUCACGCCCGCACUCCUCAGUGGGCUGAGGAUUGCAUUAACAGCACAUUAAGCUGUUGUGUGCAAUUACAAGCAGGGUUUAGCUCUUGCUGUUGUGUGAGGAUUCACACUUGCUGCAAGAAUUCACCUUGGCCCCAAAGCUCUUCCCGGAGACAGCAGCAAGGCUCCAUCAGGAACAGGAUUAGGGCAGCUCCAGCCCAGGAAGGAGGCCACAACAGAGACUCAGCCCAAGGGCUUCUAAGGACAAUGCCCUGCCUUGGGGUUUUGGCUUUCUCACCUGAGACACCUGCACAGAGCCCACGUCACACACGCCCGCUGAGCCCUUCAGCUCCUGCUCCCACCCCACGCUCCAGGAGAGGCACAGAGCAGCCACAGCACAACCCAAAGGCCAGCUCUGAGCUCACAACCCCCCAAACCAGGAGGGAACCAACACAGCCGUGGUGCCAGUGUGGUGGGACUCAUGGUUUGGGCUUUCUAUCAAUGCUCCACUGCUUCUCCUUGGAAAACUGCAGCUCGUCCCAGUCCCUUCCUUUCCAGCACAAAGGGAAUUGCACAUAAACCCUCAAUAAAAGUGUGAGUUAGGACAACAGCACCACCUCUGCUGUUCCCCUCCUCUCCACUCCUCCAGCACCCAAAGCCCCCAAGCUCAGCCCAGAAUUGUCCAGGGCUGGUGCCAGCCCCACACUCAGGGGAUUUCCUGCCACUGGGUGAAUUCCAGCAUUAUUCACCCACUUCCAAAGGACACUCCAAAGAGGGUCUUUCCUGACUUUCUGUCAUGAUUUUCACUAACAAACACAGAUCUCCUGGUGGUUUUUAUAUCCUUUGUUUUUGAGACCCACUGCUCGCUGGGAUUACCUUGCAGGACACAACUAAGAUAACUCAACCUACAUAAAAUUCCACCAUGAAAUCAAGCCAUCAACAGUUACUUCAGUGGAGCAUUCCCUGAGGGAAUGAGGAGCAUUUCAGCUGAUCAGAACAUCUCAAGUGUGCAUAGUCUUGACAGAAAAGCAAGUCAAUAAUUUUACUAAUAAUGCAGAGUUUUGUAUUCUUUGCCCUAAAUGUUUACAGUUUCCAGGGCUGACAAGGGGGCAAAAAAGGAAACCAGAAAAUCCCAGGAUUUGAGACUUGCCAGUGGUUCCAGCUCCAUCUGAAUCCCUUCCCUGUGCAGCCAGUGCUCAGUGCUGAUGCUUACACACACACCUGCUCCUUCCAUGCACUUGCUCCAUUAAGGGGCAAUAAAAUUCCUCCUUUGCAGCCUCCAGACCAAAUCCUAAAUUGUUCUGCACGCUCUGGCUGAUUUACUGCAGGCAAAGACAGCACAUCACAGCCAGAAACCAAAGGGAAAAGAGUUUCACAUUAUGACUUAAUUUGCAAUUAAACAAUUCAACUUUCUCUCUGAAGUUUCUCCAAGCUAAAAUUAUACAUAUACACACACGUGCUAUUCUGGGAAGCUGCAGCAGCACAUCAUCCAAAGGACCUGGCCUGGUGGAAGCAUUUCUGUGCUACAGGUUAACUUCUGGAAACCAGAGCAGGCUGCUGGGGUCUAUGCCCCAGGUUGAAAGGGGAAAAAUGGGUUUAUUAACAAAAAAAAACAAAGAGAAACAGACAGCAGAGCACCUCUGUAAUGCCAGGAGUGUGUGUGGAGCAUGGGGACACACCUGAGAUCUCACCCCAGCACAGCUCAGAGGUGAUGGCACGGCAGUAAAUGAACUUGUGCAACAAGAAAUUUGCCUUUCAGGUCAAAAUCAGACUCUGGGCCAAAAGCAGUGAUGGGAAACCUGUUUCUUAGGGAAGGGACCUUCAGUUCCAGCCCUAAAAUCCCCCCAAACAGAAAACACUGUCCAGCCCAGCCUUGGGUAAUGUGCACAUUAUUUGCCCACUUUAGUGAUAAACAGUUUGGCUUUCAAAUCCAUUUCACCAGGCAAGGUCCCCAAAUAUUUCAUUUUCAGAAUGAAGUUUACCCAGUGAAUUCAGGUGGUUAACAUCAAAAUCAACAAGCCACACCGUAAAUUGCUUUCUGCAGAUUUCAUGACCUACUCCACUAAAUAAAGGUCAGAAAUGCUUUAGACAUUUUAAGUGGUUGAGCUUUGCUCCAAAUAAAAGGCUGGCUUGGGAGAGAACACAGGAAACAAAGCACUGAGAGGAAAAUAUUUCUUUUUUCCGUGGUAUUUCAGUAAAAUAAGGUGCCAGUCAAUCACUUUCUCAGUAUUAUACAUUUAUGCAAAUUCCACACCCACACCAGGGUUUUUUUGAGCUGAUGAGGAAGUUGCAGAGCAGAGGCAGCUCAGCUCCCUCCGCCCUGCCCUGACCAGACUCCAGGCUCGUCAGAGUCCUUGGAAAGCUCCACGUCAGCUCAGCUCCAAGUUUUCCCUCAAACGGGGCUUUUCACCCACAAACAGCUUCCCAAAUCACUGAUUCCUCAGGGCUCCACACCACCCACCCCACUGGGGCACAGCCAGGGCACUGCAAGGCUCUCACGAGCUGCAGCACUGUCACUGCCCCUUCUUGGGAACACAAAUCCUACACAAUUUAUGCCCCUUCCCAGUCCCACCUGCACCCACCUCCCUCCAGCUCCUUCAAGGACACCAUUAAAGCUCACUAUUUGGCUUUCCAAAUAAGAAAUAACCCCUCCACAUAUGACACAGGAAUGGUGGCCAAGUGCUAAAUGCUGACUGCUCAGAGCAGUUCACCCUCCAGAUCUGAUCCUAAAGUUCACAGGAUCUACCAUGGCACCAGCUGAUUGCAGACUACCAAAAAUGAUAACUCUCCAUCUGGAUUAAUAUUGCAAGAAAUGACAUGUGGAAUUAGUUAUGGUAACUAUUCCCAGGAUAGACACACAGCAGACCGAGAACUCCACUAAUUCACUGACACAGGCACACAAAUCAGAACGCUCAGUGCUGCAGAGACAGGACAGAUCACAGGGCUACUGGUAAAACAAACACCAUAGAAACAACACUGGAGAAGAGAAAUAAAAU